AUGGGGCACCCUAAUGUGCCACUCACGUACACUUACACGCGUUCCCAAAAGGAUAAACACAAAUCCAGCCGGCUGCAGCCCUACAUACCAAACGACAAUCUGAACAAUGCAUUGGGUGCCAUUAGAGUCCUUGGUUUGGAGCUGAUUGAAGACGAACUGAAACCACACUUAAACACAGUGCUGACCAACAUUAAGGAGCGGAGCAAAGGCGCUCCUGAGCAGGUAGUGAUCAGUGGGAUCCUGCCAAUUCUGGCUCUGGCUCUGAGGAAAAGAGGGGCUCUCACCCUGCUGACUGCAAAACUGGUGGCUGAACUCGCCAAAGAGUCUGUUGUUCGUAAAGGUUUUGGAGAUGCCGGCUUGAUUAUGGCUUUGCUGUCUGUGCUGACCAGCCCAGACCAAGAACUGCUCUUUUAUGCUAUACUGGCCAUCUCACGGAUGUCUUAUGACAGCUCUAAGCAGCAGGAACUGUUACUACGCCGAGGUGCGGUGCCUCGUCUAGUUGCCAUCCUGUUCCGUUUUCCUGGUAAAGAGGCCCUGGAGGAAGUGUGUCUUCAGGCCCUCUGCAACCUUAGUGGUAUGGGAGUGGCAGAAGAGGCAGGGAUGAUCUGGGAGAGGGGAGCAUCCGUUAGGCCAGGGGAGUCUGUGUUUCAUGGCGUCUCUCCUCGCAGUUGUGGUUUUGCCUCCACUGUGACUCUGGUGCGUGUCUCUCAUUGGGCACCAGGUCAGUACACAGUCAACAUUGAAGUUUUCCAGCGCUGCACCUCCUCUUUCUGGAACCUUCACGGGAACAAACAGGCGGCUCGUUGGUUCCCGUUCUCCAGCUUGGGCAGCUGUUCAAAUUUUUACAAAGUGAUCAAGUUCUCUACAAGGAAUGUUCCUCGAACCAAGAGCUUGAAGACUCGGGUGUUUCACACUUUCCUCUGA